AUGCACACAUGUUUAUUGCGGCACUAUUCACAAUAGCAAAGACUUGGAACCAACCCAAAUGUCCAACAAUGAUAGACUGGAUUAAGAAAAUGUGGCACAUAUAUACCAUGGAAUACUAUGCAGCCAUAAAAAAUGAUGAGUUCAUGUCCUUUGUAGGGACAUGGAUGAAAUUGGAAAUCAUCAUUCUCAGUAAACUAUCGCAAGGACAAAAGAACAAACACUGCAUGUUCUCACUCAUAGAUGGGAAUUGAACAAUGAGAACACAUGGACACAGGAAGAGGAACAUCACACUCUGGGGACUGUUGUGGGGUGGGGGGAGGGGGGAGGGAUAGCAUUAGGAGAUAUACCUAAUGCUAAAUGACAAGUUAAUGGGUGCAGCACACCAGCAUGGCACAUGUAUACAUAUGUAACUAACCUGCACAUUGUGCACAUGUACCCUAAAUCUUAAAGUAUAAUAAUAAUAAAAAUAAAUAAAUAAAUAAAAAAGAAAAUGUAGUAUACCUUCAAAAAAAAAGGGAAAAUUAUUUUCAAACUUGAAUAUCUAGCCCAACAACACAUCAAGUGUUAAAUAGAAGUAACAUAUUUUCAAAUAUGCAAAGAUUCUAACAACGUAUAUCCCCCAUCUCCCUUUCUUAGGAAGUUAUUAGAGGAGAUGCUUUAGCAAAACAAGGAAGUAAACCAAGAGGAAGACAUGGGAUCCAGGAAAUGGGCAAAACCACCCCAGAACAGCAAUGAAGGAAAAUUCCAGAAUGACAACUGUACAGCAAGUCUAGCGAGCAGCCAGUCCAGAUUGAAAUAAGAGGAAGGAAGGCUCUGGGACAAAAACUCCAAAGAAAAAGUGGAACUUAUAUAUUGAGUAUAUGGAAAACAUUACUGCUAGACUUUUUGAUAGUCUUAGAGCAUUUGAGGGGAAAAACCAACUGUAAAUACUAUUUACAGAAAAUCAGACAGAUGAGAGAAAAAAGGCAAUAAUUAACCCUAAGAAAAAUGAAGGGCCAUGUAAACUAGAAGUCAUGAUUGUAGUGCAUUUCUUGGCUCAUCAGUAAACAAUAUUUGCAUACAUAAUAAUUUUAAUACAGCUAGGUGCAGAUUAUUGGUUUUACCAAAAGUUAUUACGCAGCUAUAUAUGGUGGGAAGCAGAAGUGAUAGAGUCAAGUUCUUACCUGCCGUGUCAGGAAGUCAACACAUAAUGCUAAAAAUUCACAAACCAAAAAAUAAUGGUAUAAACAUUUACUUAGAAACAUGAAGGUAGGCCGGGCACGGUGACUCACACUUGUAAUCCUAGCACUUUAGGAGGCUAAGGCAGGCGGAUCGCUUGAGUUCAGGGGUUCGAGGCCAGCCGAAGCAACACGGUGAAACCCUGUCUCUACUAAACAUACAAAAAUUAGCUGGGCAUAUUGGUGGCCACCUGUAGUCCCAGCUAGUUGGGGUCUGAGGCCGGAGGAUUGCUUGGGCCCAGGGAAAUCGGGGCUUCAGUGAGCCAAGAGUGUGCCACUGCACUCCAGCCUAAGUAACAAAGUGAAACCCUGUCAGAAAGAAAGAAAGAAAGAAAGAAAAAGAGAGAGAGAGAGAGAGAAAGAAAGAAAGAAAGAAAGAAAGAAAAAGAGAGAGAGAGAAAGAAAGAAAGAAACAAACAAACAAACAAAGAGAAUUAUGAAGGUAAAUAUCAGGAUGAAUUUGUGAAAGAGUUGAGCAUAUUGCCUCCAAAGAGUAGGACAGGGAACUGCUUUUUUCAUUACAAGCCUUUUAGUAUCAUAAGCAUACAUAUUUUAAACAAUUUAUAAACAUUAUUUUAGUUCAAUAGUCAUUAAUGUUACAAAGUUAGCAUAUCGGUCGGGCACGGUGGCUCACGCCUGUAAUCCCAGCACUUUAGGAGGCUAAGGCAGGGGGAUCACUUGAACCCAGGAGUUUGAGACCAGCCUGCCCAAUAUGGCCAAACCCCGUCUCUACAAAAUAUACAGAAAUUAGCCCAGCUUGGUGGUGCGUGUCUAUAGUCCCAGCUAUUCGGCAGGCCGAGGCAGGAGGAUCACCUGAGCUCGGCAGGCCGGCAGUGAGCAGAUAGCAACGUCACUCCAGCUUGGGUGACAAGAGACACCAUCUCAAAUUAAAAAAAAAAAAAAAAAGGCCGGGCAUGGUGGCUCACGCCUGUAAUCCCAGCACUUUGGGUGGCCGAGGCGGAAGGAUCAUGAUGUCAGGAGUUCGAGACCAGCCUGACCAACAUAGUGAAACCCCGUCUCUACUAAAAAUACAAAACAUUAAACGGGCGUGGUGGCAGGCACCUUUAAUCCCAGCUAUUUGGGAGGCUGAGGCAGGAGAAUCGCUUGAACCGGGGAGGCAGAGGUUGCAGUGAGCCGAGAUCAUGCCAUUGCACUCCAGCCUGGGCAAGAGUGCAAGACUCUGUCUCAAAAAAAAAAAAUUUAAGCUAGCGUAUAAUUUUAGGGGAUCAGCAAUAUCCUGAAGCUUAUCCAUAGCCCGUUAAGUAAUGUUUCAAAGGGCUAUCUGUGCCUUAAUGAUAGGAGCUAGUUUCUUGUUCAUUUUUUAUCCCCAUCCCCAAACACAUAGCAGAAAAUAAAUUAUUUCCUUGUAUGUAGAACGGACUCAGCUAAGUUUAUUAUAUUCUCCCCGGAGGAGGGAAAACACAAAACAAGGCACAAAGGCAGAAGGUGCAGAUGUAGCACAACGAUGAGUUAAGAUUCCGCACGCAGGUAACAAGGAGGGUAUGGUAUAUCUCUGCCAGAGGUACUGGAAGGUUUCAAAGGCAGAAAAAAAUGUGUUCCGGACACCUGCACGCAGAAUUGGAGGCAUGACAGGAACACAGGGAGGCCCAUCUAAGUUGCCUAUUCACCCAGGUGACCUCUCAUUCAUUUCUUUGUCCUUUUAACAAUAUGGGGAAUUUCACGCAAGGAAAGGGUCCUCUUCUCGCCCCAGCAGGCAAGGGGUGUUCCUCCAGCGCAAGUUCCGGCCCCAGCUGCCCCCACGUCCCACAGGUCUCCUGCCUUUUGGCACUCACACUCCUGACCACUCGCUGCUUCCGCAUCCCUACUCUGAUCCUCUCCCCAUGCAUCUCUGCCUCCUUAGACAAUUGAGAAUUUUAUUGUCUGUUUCCUUUGCCAGACUGUAAGUUCCACGAGGGUAGGGCCUCGUCCAUUUCAUUUACCACUACAUCCCCAGUAUAGAGCAAGAGCCCAUGAAAAUGUUUGUUGGAGAAAUGAAUGCGUGAUGGUGUCGCUGGACAGCUAUACCUGGAAAGAAAAAGAGGCACCCCCAUCAAACAAGCUGGGAGCUAAGAAGCCCGCUGGGAGACGACAAGGGCGAGCUUCUUGCGAGGUCUCUGAAAUGACAAGACCGGAAGAAUGGAGUUGGAUCUCUGGGACAAGCGGGAGAGAGAAGCUGAACAGUCAGGCAAGCCUCGGGGAAUGACAGCUCCGCGGGGGACGCACUGGUAGGCGGUAGACGUAACGGGGGUCGGUAGGAAAGUACACGGUGGGGCGGCGGCAUCACACAUACGCAAGCGCAGCCUCCGUUUCCUCCGGCGCGCCUGCGCUCGCGUUCACGAGGGGUUGAAGCGGAAAUGGCGCCGCGGGGCCGUGCGUCCAGGCGGCGAGCGGAAGUGGGUGUGAGAGCGGAAGUGGCCGGCUAGAGGCGGGGGCUGGGCGGGGACCGGGCUUGUCGGUGAAGCGGCAGUGGCGGCGGCGGCGGCGGCGGCUUGGCAGGCGGGUUCAGGCUUCGGGGGCCAGCCGCCGCCAUGAUCCUGCUGGAGGUGAACAACCGCAUCAUCGAGGAGACGCUCGCGCUCAAGUUCGAGAACGCGGCCGCCGGAAACAAACCGGAAGCAGUAGAAGUAACAUUUGCAGAUUUCGAUGGGGUCCUCUAUCAUAUUUCAAAUCCUAAUGGAGACAAAACAAAAGUGAUGGUCAGUAUUUCUUUGAAAUUCUACAAGGAACUUCAGGCACAUGGUGCUGAUGAGUUAUUAAAGAGGGUGUACGGGAGUUUCUUGGUAAAUCCAGAAUCAGGAUACAAUGUCUCUUUGCUAUAUGACCUUGAAAAUCUUCCGGCAUCCAAGGAUUCCAUUGUGCAUCAAGCUGGCAUGUUGAAGCGAAAUUGUUUUGCCUCUGUCUUUGAAAAAUACUUCCAAUUCCAAGAAGAGGGCAAGGAAGGAGAGAACAGGGCAGUUAUCCAUUAUAGGGAUGAUGAGACCAUGUAUGUUGAGUCUAAAAAGGACAGAGUCACAGUAGUCUUCAGCACAGUGUUUAAGGAUGACGACGAUGUGGUCAUUGGAAAGGUGUUCAUGCAGGAGUUCAAAGAAGGACGCAGAGCCAGCCACACAGCCCCACAGGUCCUCUUUAGCCACAGGGAACCUCCUCUGGAGCUGAAAGACACGGACGCCGCUGUGGGUGACAACAUUGGCUACAUUACCUUUGUGCUGUUCCCUCGUCACACCAAUGCCAGUGCUCGAGACAACACCAUCAACCUGAUCCACACGUUCCGGGACUACCUGCACUACCACAUCAAGUGCUCUAAGGCCUAUAUUCACACACGUAUGCGGGCGAAAACAUCUGACUUCCUCAAGGUGCUGAACCGUGCACGCCCAGAUGCCGAGAAAAAAGAAAUGAAAACAAUCACGGGGAAGACGUUUUCAUCCCGCUAAUCUUGGGAAUAAGAGGAGGAAGCGGCUGGCAACUGAAGGCUGGAACACUUGCUACUGGAUAAUCGUAGCUUUUAAUGUUGCACCUCUUCAGGUUCUUAAGGGAUUCUCCGUUUUGGUUCCAUUUUGUACACGUUUGGAAAAUAAUCUGCAGAAACGAGGUGUGCUUGCAAAGACUUCAUAGUUCCCAAGAAUUAAAAAAAAAAAAAAAAAAAAAAAAGAAUUCCACUUGAUCAACUUACUUCCUUUUCUUUAUCUUCCCUCCCUCACUUCCCUUUUCUCCCACCCUCUUUUCCAAGCUGUUUCGCUUUGCAAUAUAUUACUGGUAAUGAGUUGCAGGAUAAUGCAGUCUUAACUUGUUUUCUCCUAAGUAUUUGAGUUCAAAACUCCUGUAUCUAAAGAAAUACAGUUGGGGUCAUUAAUAAAGAAAAUCUUUCUAUCUUA